AUGCCGCGGCCCCGCCGCCGCAUCUUCCUCCAGCUUCUCGCCACCCCCGCCGCCGGGGGUGGCGGCAGAGCAGUCGGACCUCCUCCCUCCGCCGCAGGGCAGGAAGCAGUUGAAUUCGGACCCGAAGGAUCUCACCGCCUCGCAGACGCUGCUCAAUGGGAGGUGGACCCAUUUCUGGUUUCUAUUGGGAAGACAGGCUCUGCUCUCUCCCACAUCCGCCGCCUCUCCUCCCCGCCUGAGAUACAAGGUCCCCUGCUUCGAGGAAGAAGACCUCGUGGCCUUGCUCUUCUUCUUCUUCUUCAUCCUCGCCGUCUUCACCUUCACCUGCCCAAUGCAGGUGACCUUGGGAGACGACGGCUCGGCGGCCUCAAUGGGGAAGCUCUUCCUCCGGUUUCCCCCCGCCCCGGGGAUCGUCGCCGGCGACUGGCCGCCCUUCAAGCUUCCGCUGUUCUUCAGCCGCCUGCUCAGAGACGCCGACAGCGACGGCGCAGCCGUCCCCCGGCCGGGGCUGGGGAGCGACUUCCCCGACGGCAUCCGCAUGGAGGACGACGACGACGGCCGCGAUGUGAAGCAGAUGAAGAACUCGCUGCCGCCGCCGCUCCCCACCCGAUGCGACUGCACCACUGCCGCCGCCGCCGCCGCUCUCUCUCCUCCUUCCAUUGUCUCCCCUCAACAGAAACCUAUCACAGCAUCAGAGAAACCCCAUCAAAAGAAUAUAUUUCCGCCAUUAUUUUACCCCCCGAGCUCUUCUUUUCCCUCUCCUCUGCCCCCCUGCAGUCCCACCCAGUACACCGAUCUUUUUCUGGGAGACGAUCCCUGCCUGGUGGCCCCCACUCAAAACCGACGGCUCCGAUCUCCGAUGCCGUCGAAUCAACGGCUACGAUCUUCCCCCGCCCAUUCCGCCCGUUGAGAGUUACAGCUGUUACCCUGCAUGGGAGCAAGGGAAAGUCGGAUGUCCCCUUAAUUACUCAGAUGCCACUAGUUUAAUGCAGGCACGUGACCAAGCCCCCCAAUACCCAAUGUCUGAAGUCCACACUCUGAAGAACCUAGAGAGAGAGAGAGAGAUCCUCUGGUCUUUGAGGAGGAGAGAAGACGGGGGCGUCACGUGCUGCCGGCAGAAGGCGGGGCGGAAGACUCCAAAAAUACGCUGGCUUUGGAGGUUGGACGUGAGAGAUAGAGGGGGGGGGGGGGUAGUAUUAAAAGGCUUCGCGGACUAGGAUGAUUCCCUGUAUUUUUUUAUUAAUACCCCUCUGACAGUGAUUAACUAUGUAAUUAUCAAAAUGGUUUCUGAAUCCUUGGGGGUUGACCAGGACCACAUUAAUAAAUUCGAUAAAGUCCCCAUAUUAUCUAUAAAUUUAUGCACAACCGGGGAAGAUACAAAAUUAUACUUUUUGUCCGAAGAGGACAGUAAUAUACUUGAAAAUUUUUAAUAACUUCGGGUUCUUUUAGAAUAAAAUUUAAGUUGCAGGGUCCGCCAGGGGAGAGAAUCGGGACCAUGCCACGUCCAGCGGACCCCCACUCUCGUCCAGCGUAG